UCAAGGUGUCCAAUGUCCCAAGGUUCACCAGUGGGGUAUCAUUAUCCAGCUAGGAGCACUUGAGGGCUCUGUUUUUCCCUCGCCCACCUCGUUUCUCGUGUCUGGUCUGGUCUGCCCUGCUCCAUCCUCCUCUGCCCCGAGCCAUUCGCGUCUGUUUUCCUCUCAAACACCUUGCUCCCCACCUCCCCGUUGCCUCUCCAGCCUGUCUGGCUUCCACCCUCGAUCCGAGGACCGACUCUGAAACAUCAGCAAGAUUCCCGGGCAGAAUCUGGGCCACUCCUCGAGUCUUCUCUCCGAACCCCUGGAGUGAUCUCAACUGGCAAGCUAAGGGGAUCUGAUCUGGUCUGGUCUGAUCUGGUUUGAUCUGGUUUGAUCCGAGCUACCUCCUCGCGCCCGCUGCUUAGUUGUUUGCCGUCGUUCCUGGGCCCUGCACCGUGGAGACCGUUACCGCCAUUACAACCCACCCGCCGACAUCCUCCUCCGCCCUGCCUGGCCCUCAAAAACACCACAUCGCUUCUCCCUCCUCAAUCACCACUUUCCAACCACCGGCGCACACCUGUUUAAAUCCUUUCAAAGACCUGCCGACCGCCUCGUGCGCAGCUCAGCAUCCCCGGCAACCACCCACUCCUCGACUGCGGCCGCCCGUGCUGUUGGGAAGCUUGAUCGCGCGUCCAGUCACGAGAGGUCACAAUAGCGACAGCUCGGAAACCUGCAUUGGCACCAAGAGCGCUCCCGUCUUUUCUCGCGCGACAGGCGACAGGUGGCAGGCGACAGGCGACAGGCGACAGGUCAACAGCCAGCGCGCAAAGCCGUACACAGCUGGGGGCUUCUUGUUGUUUCAUGCAGCCUACCCGCGUGUGAGAGGAGGACAUCCUUCCUAUUCCUAGCUCUGAGACAAGCAGCUUGACCAGGGUCCCCAAAGGUUGAAAGAAACCCAGAAAAAGACAUACAACAUCAGCCCUGUCUCUCUAGCUGCCUGCCCCCUCCCUACAACCUACAACGGUGCACAGCUCCGCCAUCACUCGGAUCGUUUCCCUGAACCUCCUUGCCCGUCCGUCGUUCAAGCAAGGGUGGAGAGGGCAACCGACAGCCUGGCGUUCCCGGCCCCACGUCUCAUCAGAACACAGGCACAGGCACAGGCACGGGCACACACUUCGCACAGGCACAGACAGCCCGUACACAGGUACAGGCACAGGCACGGGCACGCUCCCGCGAAACACAGCAACGUCAAAUCGGCCGUCUGACCGCGAGAGACAUCGACGCAACCCAACCAAGCCAGACCAGUCCAAGCCCAGCCCAACCUGACAAACCCCCCGGAAGAACCCUGGCGGCUGGCCCUGCUAACGCGAAUCGGUUCGGUUCGACCUUGCGCGUGCAUGCAGCUGCUGGAGAAGCUCCCACUGCCCACUGCCCGCUGCCCGCUGCCCGCCGUCCACUCACCCCUCGCCUCGGCCAUCCCACCUUAUCACCAAUUAGUCUGUUGAUCGCCGCCGCAGUCGCACCACACACAUAGCCCUUCUGGUCCUGUGACACAUCGCAGCUUGAGACUGCCCCUCCUCCUCCUCCCCCUCCUUCAAGCCUACCAUCGUCAGCUCCGCGGUCUCGGCUACAUGCGCUUCUUUCCUCGCAAUUAACACUGCGCCUACGAUCCAGUCCUCUGCGCCCCGUCUCUGCGGCGGCUCCCGACGAGACUGGCAGCUAGGCACGCGUCACUGCUCCCGUGAGCUCCUUCCACACAAGCAUCCCUUGCGGUCUAUCUAGCCUUACGCCUGCCAGCGGCAGCAUUUUCGUCCCUGCACGCCGUGGAGCUCGAGUUCGUCCUUGAGGUCCAGACAGUCCGAACCAACCAACCUCGUCUCUACCAGUCCUCCCGUCCGAGACCUCCUUUGCGUUCCACGACAGGUCGAGCCGAACUCUCGCAUACGGCCGGAACCCUCUUAUUUUUUUUCUCCUUUCGCCGCACUGGAUCCGGGUCUAUCGCAUAAUCUCGCCGCCAGUCAACCCCGCUGAGCGCAUUACCUCUCUAGCAAACCCUCCAAAGCAACCGGCUUGGGACGCGAUCAUCUACAAUUCCCUCGCUCGUCGAGUCGGCCACACGAGACCGCGCAAGCCUGACCUCUUCUAUCUCACGACCUCCCCGCCCGUUGCCGAGGUCCCAGAAAACAUUCAGAAUCAGUCUUGUCAGGCAUGAAUUGGCACACAAUUACCAAUUAGACCACAAAACCCGGGCAGAGACAAGCACGCGACUUAAUUACUUUCCAACAGUCGGGCAAGGUGCGGUAGUUGGAUACAAAACACGAUACUUCUUCUUUAAGAUCUAUUCGGAAAUUACGCAAUUCUUCGCAUGGAAGCGCCACCCGGGCAUUUACCUGGACAAAGCGGUGGAAGGUAGCAACACGCCCUUGCGAGGCUGGUCUGAGCUCCGAGGAGACAGCAGACCAAGCUUUCGUCAUGAGACGUAGUCGGGUAUCUACCCCUCCACCAUCGCCCUACAGGGCGCUGGCCCACCACCAUGCUCAAAAUGGCCAGCAACUGGCGGGCUCUGUCUCGUCCAUGAUCAGGUCGUUUAACGUCGAGACCAAUCCCGCCCGGCCGAUACGUCCAUCGCCUCUUGCCGCUAGCACAAUUCGCGACAUGCCACUCGAUCUCGUAGAUCGAAUAAGGUCUUUCCCCUUAUUCAGGUCCGCGCCAGACGAGUUCCUCGCCGCCAUCGGAAAACACCUGCGGCCACAAGUACAUGCAGCCCACGAUGUCAUCCUCACCGAGGGAGACGAUGCCAGGUCAAUGUACUGGCUGGUACGUGGUGUCGUGGCCGUCACGUCGCGAGAUGGUGAGGCGGUCUACGCAGAGCUCAAGGCUGGAGCCUUUUUUGGUGAAAUUGGUGUCUUGAUGAAGAUACCUCGCACAGCCACAAUUGUCGCGCGUACGAAAUGUAUGCUUGUUGUUCUGAAGAAGGAGGACCUCCAUGCGGAGCUGCCGAUGUUUCCAGACAUGGAAAAGGCGAUUCUGCAAGAAGCACAGGAGCGGCUAGCGAUCUUGAAGAAGAAACAGCGUGAGCGAGGUAUGAAGCCCGCCCGCAAAACUGGCACAGCCACCCGCGACGUUGUUCCAGGCGAGGUGACGACCGGCGACGCAGGUGUCAUCAAAGAGGGCGCCGUCGUUAACUCGAAGAAGCGAAAGUCUCCCAGUCCUGGUGUGAUCGAAGAUCCGUCUAUCGGGGGCAGUGCCCUUGGGAGCGGAUAUGUCGACGUGCGGACCACAUUAAAAGAACUGCCACUCUUCUCUGAGCUGCCCGGCGAUGUUCUUCACUUCCUUGGCCUCAGCGCUCAGCCGGUUUCAUACCCUCCCUUCACGGAUAUUGUUCGGCAGGGAACAGCUGGUCAUGAGAUCUACUUUAUCGUACGUGGCGAGGCUGAGGUAAUCCGUGAAGCAGCCAGGGAAAACAACGCAAAACGGAUGACGAGGUCGUCAAUGUUGAGACCCAGGCUCAAAGCUGGGCAGUACUUCGGAGAAGUCGCCAGCCUGGGGCUGGCAUCCGGCCGCACCGCAACCGUGCGGUCUAUCACCUCAGUUGAGUGUCUUAUGAUUGGGGGCGAGGCUCUCGCUGAGCUUUGGAAGAAAUGUCCUCCCGAGAUACGUUCGCAGGUCGAGGAGACGGCGCGAAAUAGGUAUCCAAAGGCGGAUUUAGAUGUCGAUAUGAAAGAUGCCGACGACAAGGAACAGUCAGACGAGGUCGACCCGUCAACACCAACCAAGGAAGUCGUUCCUUCAGUCACGUUCAACACCCCGACUUUCAGCACCCCGACUUACAGCACCCCAACUUUCAGCACCCCAACGUACAGUAGCCCACAAUCGAGUCCAUCAUCUACUUCGAGCGAGCAGCAGGAUGCAACAAGGACGUACACUGACCCCGACCCAUACCUCAGCGUCGAUAUGGAGAACUUGAGAAACAGGAGGCGUAGCUCGCUGGCCCCGCCCACAACAGCACAAACGGAUGGCUCGACUUCGCCUGGUGUCAACGGGGUCAGGUCCUCCCAGACCCAUGAGAGCAGUCCCCUUAAGCUUUAUUCCAUGUCUGCGCCAAACACGCCACCAGAGAACGAUCAAGCGGCACCGUCAUCAAAACGGCAGAGGACACUAACUCACAGACCAGCAUCGCUGCAGAACCUGCAAAAGAUUGCGCUUCCGGAUGAUAUCCUCGUCAUGGUCUUCAACCAGCUCAACAUUGUGCAGCUCCUGCGUCUCCGGCUGGUGUGUUCGCACUGGCGCCGGCUCUUGACUGUUUCUGACAAGCUUUGCAAAAAUGUCGAUCUAUCGCCUCAUAACCGGUACGUCACAGAUUGGGCUCUGGCAAAUGUUCUGGGUCCCUUUAUUGGCAGCCGGCCCGAGAUGGUCGACAUAUCAAAUUGCUAUCACGUUACGGAUGACGGCUUCCAGGCAUUCUGGAGGCUCUGUGGCAAGAAUGUCAAAUCUUGGAGGAUGCGGUCAGUGUGGGACGUCAGCGCCGGCCAGAUCUUAGAAAUGAGCGAGAACUCCAAGGAGCUCGAGGAGGUCGACUGGAGCAACUGUCGCAAAGUCGGCGACAACCUUCUCGCGAGGGUGGUGGGCUGGGUUGUUCCAGAGCCCCCACCUGAGCGCAAGAACGUGGUCAUCGCUAGCUCCGGCGCGCCGGGCAAGAGGGGCUCGAAGAUGCAAGUCGUGCACUGGCAACAACAUCCCAAUGCGCCACCCCCGGGAACCGUCAUAGGAUGCCCAAAGCUCAAGCAUCUCACCCUAUCUUACUGCAAGCACAUCACCGACCGAUCCAUGGCACACCUGGCCGCACAUGCGUCGUCUCGUCUCGAGUCUCUCUCGCUCACACGCUGCACUUCUAUCUCUGAUGCAGGCUUUCAGUCUUGGGCGCCAUUCCGAUUUCCAAACUUGACGCGCCUGUGUCUAGCCGACUGCACUUACCUCUCGGACAACGCGAUUGUGGCUCUGGUCAACUCAGCCAAGCAACUCACGCACCUCGACCUGUCCUUCUGUUGUGCCCUGUCGGACACGGCCACAGAGGUAGUCGCCCUAGGUUUACCCCUGCUCCGAGAGCUGCGCCUCGCAUUCUGUGGCAGCGCCGUGUCGGAUGCCUCACUUGGCUGCAUCGCACUGCACCUCACUGAGCUGCGUGGCCUUAGCGUCCGGGGCUGUGUGCGCGUCACGGGUGUAGGUAUUGAGAACGUCCUGGAGGGCUGCAGCCGUACCGAAUGGAUUGAUGUAUCGCAGUGCAAGAAUCUGGGCGCCUGGCUCGCGGGAGGUGGCAUCACUCGAUGGGGUUUCGACGAGCGCGGACCCGGCAGGUGGCUGCCGAUGAGCGUCGUACGUGGCGUCCCCGGUCAGCGCACGGUGAACCCAGCACUCCUGAUGAACAACAACAUGAACGUGCCGCGGCCACAGACUCCCGUCAAUGGGGGUAGCGCCAACGGGAAUGGCCCAGGGCUCGCGCCGAGUCCCUUUGGGAGCCCCGGCGGAGGCAUGAACAUGGGCAUGGGCUUCGGAGGCGGCGGGGUCGGCGGCCCCGGCCCAAUGAUGAAGCCGGUGGUGCCUCCCCGGGGCAUGCGGAACCGCCGGCAGAGGAAGCCGAUCCGGUUCAUUGUCGAGAAAGGGGCCGGUGGGUUAAGAUGAGCCUGCCAGGACCAGAGCCAGGCUGCUCGUCUCCUCUUUCUUGUCGUGGUCACGCUUUCACAUGGACAUGCGGAACAGACUUUCCAUACGACGGCAAAUGAAUCAGGACGUUGCGGAUGUAGAUUAAUGUACUGUAAGUGUUGUUACAAACAGGGGCUGGAUUUUUGUUGUUGUUUUGGGGGAUAUCGAGGCAUCAUCGUUUGUCAUCAUCAUCAUCAUCAUCAUCAUCAUAUCAUUGCAUCACAAUCGGCGCUUGGGGAUGUUCAAGAACAACAGUCAAGCAAAAGCCACGGUACAAGGGCACGGCUUGAGAAGGCCCUUCCGGCCCUCACAUUGUGACGGACGGCCGGGCUCAAGUCCGUAUGUCUUGCUUUAUUUAUUUUUAUUUUCCUUGUUCAGCGGAGUUGAGGCCAGCAUCAGUCACUACUUGUUACUUAUUGGGUUGCAUGAAUGAUGGUGAGGCGGGCUUCCUUUUUCUUUUGAUCACACUCUCAAACAACAGGCACACCCACAGACAUACAUACAUACAUACACACACACAAGCUCCCCCCUUGUGUCCCCUCCCUGGACAUUAGCAUUUUCUGGAAUAGGGUUUAGA